AUGGAAGAUACUCAUUCCAGCAAAGAAGUAUAUUCAAAUACGUCGUCAGCGACAUCUUCUAGGAUUACAGACCAAAACCAUAUCGACUCGAAUUUGGAUCUGGAGAAAAACGAGACUGUGAGAGGCUCAGGUUCACUGGAGUCAUUACGAAAUGCCAAGAUACGUAUUCCUAAGCGCAGCGAUGGUUCGCCACUGGAUUAUCCCAAGUUAAACACUUACACGUUUGUACCGACCACAGUGCCUCCAUACGUGCUCGAGGCGCAGUUUGAUAAACUAAGACUCCAUGGUAAGGGUCCUGUUGAUGGAAAUGUUAGUGAUGAUAAGAGUUUUCCUAAGGAAUUCAAGUGGGGCCAAUUUGCAUCUGAAAUCGGCUGUCAUUCUGCAUACACCAAAGACCAAAACGAUAAUCACAGCCAUAUUCUAAAACCAUCGGCCCACGAUAACUAUUCUCUAGCAUCCUCGACCUCAUCCAAAAAUGCAGCUCGAAGAGAAAUCCUGGGCGAUAUGUCCAGUGAAUGGGGCGGUGAAGAGCGCUUGGAGGAUGUGCUACAUUCUGAGAUAGGCGUUAACUUAGAAUUCAAGACCACGGAGGAGAGGAAAGAAUGGUUACAGUAUAUUGAAAAAGUGAAGGAAUUUUAUUACAGCGAUAAGAAGAAGAACAGUCCAGAAUCGCCCGACUCGGCGCAUAACAAAAGCUACAAGUCGGAUUGGGUAAAUGAGCUGAAUAAAGAGAGAGAAAAGUGGCGGCGAUUAAAACAAAGAAAGUUGCAACAAUGGAGGCCUCCCAUGACGUCAUUACUGCUCGACAACCAAUACUUGAUCUUAGGCUUAAGAAUCCUCACGGGUAUUCUGUCGUGCGUUUCACUUGCUUUAGCAAUCAAGAUUUUCCAAAACUCGAGAUCAAAUAAUACCAUCAAUGAAAGUAGAAUCGGACAGCAACCAAGCACUAUAAUGGCUAUCUGCGUUAAUGCGAUAGCGAUUGCAUAUAUUAUUUAUAUUGCUCAUGAUGAAUUUGCCGGUAAACCUGUUGGGUUGAGAAAUCCAGUAAGCAAAUUGAAGCUAAUUUUAUUGGAUUUACUUUUCAUAAUUUUUUCAAGUGCUAAUUUGGCAUUAGCAUUCAAUACCCGUUUUGAUAAAGAAUGGGUAUGUACUUCAAUUCGCAGGUCAAAUGGAAGUACAUACGGAUACCCGAAAAUACCGCGUAUCUGUAGAAAACAGGAGGCCCUGUCUGCCUUUCUCUUCGUUGCAUUGUUUAUGUGGGUGAUUACUUUCUCCAUCAGUAUUGUCAGAGUGGUGGAAAAAGUUAGUUCAAUCACCAAUCGGAACUGA